UCAAGAGUUUAAAUCAGAUAAAUGACGCUCUACUUUUUCUGCUUUUAUUAUUCAUUGGAAAUGCUCGGGAGAGGAGAUGGGACCACUUACUCGUGUGUUCCUCUUGACUGUGAGCUGUAUCGCUGUUAUUGAUACCAGAAGGGUAUCGGAGAAGUAUUGUACCUUAGUCCAGUCUGGAGAGAAAUGCAGAGCGGUGUUCUAUACAGAAUGCACAGCAGAGUUCCUUCAGAGGGAGUAUCCGGGUCUUUAUUACCAUGGCAACACUACGAUGGCGGCUCCUAACCUCACAAUAACAACCACGGACAAAAGUUACGGGAGAGGACCGGAAGUCAAAUGGUACUCGGAAGUUGACGUCAUCAUUCGACCAGAUUCAAAUUCUACGACGAAAAUCCACGGAUUUGAGGUGUGGAUCCAGUCGAUUGAAGGAACACGUUGUAUGGUGGUGACUCUCUCUGAUAAUGGGACGUUGUCAGAUAUCAAUUCAAUGAGAGGAAUAAAUGUCUCGCUGAAACUUCGGAUGUCCGCCAACAUCACUGUGUGGCAACUUCCCAAAUCAGCAUCUUCUUCUCCGGCUAGAAGCUUGAUCCGCGCCGGAAUAAACCGAGAAAUUCCAACCGAAAACUCCUCGCUCUGGUACAGUGAGAUCUUAUUCAGAAACAAGUCACGCGACCGAAUCGUGGAGGUUCAGUUUCAGUCAGCUCCAGAGAACUAUGGAAUAAAGUAUUACAACAUACAACUCCGGAGAGUCACACAACUCACCACCAGGGGCGCUAGUUAUCGCACCACCUCCCACUCCUGGAUGGAAUACGUCCGCUCCCCGUGGGUCUACGUCAAAUUUAGGGACGUGAAGCCAGGGACAUACGAUGUAAUGGUGGAGCCUUAUGAUGACCUUGAGAAGAGCAAAAAUAACACGUGUCGCUGUAAGAAGUCUGCUAAGUGUUAUCCAUGUAGAAGCACACGGAGCCCUAUUUUUACCAUUACAGAAACUCCAUUGUAUACCACUGAUGCCGAGAUAAAGACGUCUGUAACGAUGCUCUCCUUGACCCCAUCUGACCUCCAAAAAUCGGUUAAUAAACUAACGUCCUCUAACCACACAACUGUCAUCAAAAAACAAGACCAGAUCUCUGAUGGGGCCCAGUCAGCUGGCGACAUCACUGUCAUCGAAACUCCAUACAAGUCUUUCAAUCCACACUCAAAUGACGGUCCAACUCUCAUCAAAACUCCAAACAGGGUCUCCAAUUGGUCCCGGUCAACAGAUGGUACAAAUGUCACGAAAACUCCAAAUGGAAUCUUCAAUAGGCCACACUCAGCUGAUAGUACAAGUCUCAUCAAAACUCUUAACAAGAUUUCCAAUAGGGUCCGGUCAACUGAUGUCCCAUCUGUCACCAAAACUCCGUACGAGAUUAUCACUAACCCAGUGGUACCCCUCAGACCGUCUUCUAUUCUGAAUCCCAGUUUGUCUGAAGUGUCCGAAAAUAAUAGCCAUAUGGGGAGGAAUUUUGAGGCGGAUGUCGAAGAUUCUGGUGGAUCACAGCUGAGCGGGAAAGAGUGGGAGAUCCCCGUCAGUGUUUUAUCUGUGUUAGGGAUUACUGUUGGGGCAGUAUUGUCUAUCUUUGCUGUGGUCAAGUUCAGAAGGAGAGGUCAAUUUGUUGUCUCGAAAUCAAGCUCUGCCAUUCAACCACGAACCGAAACAUCUGUGUUGAUCGUGCAUGACAUUAAACACUCCGAAGAUGCCGAAGGCCUGAUGAGUUUGAUAAUCAAGGACCUACAUAUUAGCGUGGAGAAUGUGCUGUUUCCCAACAAAAGCAGCUUGAUAAACAACUCAGAUUUUUCCAUAUUUGUUCUCUGGAUGAAUCCACGUUCGUUUACAAAGUUUGAAUGCAGCUUUUUGAAAGACAAAGAAAUACCUUCUGUGGCGCAGACUCAUCUUCAGAGUCGAUUUGUCGUCGUUGAAUCAAGGAAUGCUGAACGUCCUAUCCUGCCGAGGAUACAAUAUUGGACAAAGUUUGUCUUAGACACGGAACUGGACUUGUUUCUCGAAUUUCUGCGUAACAACACAAAAGAAGAGCUGCAGAAAAGCUGGACAGCCGAUCAGCAUGUUAGUACUGAAAUACCAGAGAAAUCCAACGCGAUUCCGGUACCAUACAAUCGAAUGGACUCGGGUAUCCAUAGUGAAUACGAAAACGAAACUGAUUAUCCUUUCUUUGAGGACAAAAGCCACGAGGAAUAUGCAAGUAUUGCAGCUGUUACCAUAGGAGAAUAUCAGAUGGGUGUACCAGUUGGACAUCCAAAUAAGGUCACAGCCUCGUUUCCACAGUUGAAUCUUUCAAAUUCAACAGUUGCUAAAAAUGUGAGUAUAUCGAAUGGACGUGGACAAAUUCAUGAUAUUUCACGAUUGAACACAAGAGAAAGCUUUAUUCCUCCGGAGACCACGUCCUACUAUGAUGCAGACGGCAGUCUUUUUUCGGAAGCAAUUAUGCUCUUCAACGAACGAAACAUAAAGCAAACGGGACCUUCCGAAGAUCCCCUCUCUCUGAUUGAGGAGAACGUGGGUACGCAUUGCAACUCGACGAAUCGUCGAAUAGAAACACCUGUCUGCUACCAGAACAUGCUCGGAUUUGACGACGAGGAAAGGGAGUCGGAGGAUGAGGAGAGAUUUAUGGAUAAAGACACAAUCAGUGUCGGAGGCCAGAGCUGUUAACCGUCAGAUUUAAUUUGUCUACCUCAAUAUUUGAUCCCUACCAUAAUGUACGGGGACUUGCCUCCAUAACUGGUUUUCCAAUACACACAGGCACGUAUUUCUGUAACUGAUACACUAUUGACAAACAUACGGGGACUUAUUUCAGUGACUGUUAUAUAUAAUCUACUGCCAAUAUAUAUACCGGUACCUACCUCCUUAAACUUCUUACAACGUACCCUACCAUCCAAUAUUUUCAGGUACCUCUAUGUUAUGACUUAUUCCCUACCAUCCGAUAUAUACAGAAACCUCUACUGUUGUAACUUGUACCCUACCAUCCAAUAUAUACAGAAACCUCUACUGUUAUUUUAGCAUUGAAUUCUUAUUUUUGCCGGUCCUAUAACACACCUGGCCGUGCCGACAAAUUGAAUACCGCGCGUUAACGCGGUAUGAUAAUUUGUCGGCACGGCCAGCUCUGUUGUAGGACCGACGACA